CUCUAAGGAAAGUUUCGAUUUGAAAGAUGUUUGAAGGCAAUUAAGUGUUCUAUAGCAAAGUAAUAAAUGCUAAAUCUUAAUAACGAUUCUUUAGGAUUAUUGCGAGUCCGAAUAAGUAUGACCGAGGAAUGAUUUAUGAUUUAUGGUAAGUCCCGGAACGUAACAACGUAGGCAAUUAUUUAGCAACAAACAAUAUGAGAUACUUGAUAAUCGCAAAAAAUAAGUGAAUCGCACGAAAUCGCACUUCAGCGCCACGGGGGUCACCGGUGACCUCGAUGAGAUAAAUUCAUUAAUGGUGAUUAUACACCAUAAAAUAUCUCUUGUAGGUAACAUUUCAACAUUAUAUGUACCGAUAAUAAAAAAUUCAUCGUGGCGCCACGGGCAAUCCCUGUAAAACUAGCGUGACAUUCAACGUGUUAAUAACGCGAAACAUAUCACACGUAUAGAAAACGAUGUCCAAAAACGGCGCGACAAAAAUUUUGCAAGUCCACAUCCAAGCAGUUUCAUCGCAAAAGCAGUAAACGUUGCUUAUAAGUAUCAGUAAAAUAGAAGAAUGGCAUUGCAACGUACAUCUAUUGCAUUACAAACCGUCAACGAUUUAAGGAAAAUAAAUGGGGAAAUGAAAUUACAUUUUCGGUCAAGAACAACAACACCUUCAGGUGCUAUUCUACCAGAACCAAAAAGAACACGUUUCGGUUUUUUGGGUGUUAUCUGCAGUGUUAUGACAGGACUAGUCAUAGGAGCUACUUUAAGUAAAAUGAUGGCUAACUUUCUCGAAGAGAAAGAAUUGUUCGUACCUUCGGAUGAUGAUGACGACGAUGAUUAAUUUAUUCUCGGUACGCAAAUUAAUUAAGAUCUAUGACAACGAGGUAUGGAAAGAUAUAAGAUGAUGUAAUAUGUCUGACCUUUGGGCAGCACAUGUUUUGCAUAUAUAGUUGUCACAGUAAAUCAAAUAUACACGGUUCUUUCAAUUUUCUUCUUGGAGUUUUAUUUUCACAAUUUAAGUAAUGUAUUGUUUAUUACCAAUUUUUUCUGAAAGGCAAACUGAUUUUGUAAAUACCUACAUGUAUGUCUAAAUAUAUUCCUUUAAAAUGCAUAUAAGAAAUGUAUAUACCUAGAUGUACAGACAUACAGAUAUUUUGUAAAUAUUGUUUCAAUGAAUUGCAAAAUAAACAUAAUGCAAAGAAACAA